AUGUUUUUCCCUUCCAAUGUUUCAUUUAUCCCAUUUUAUCUACUUUUUUUUGCCACAGGGUUUGAAGAGCCUGUCUCCUACCAUGUUAUCAGGACAUCAACAUUUCAAAACCAUACCUGGGUACAUCUGGCCUCAGGCUGGUUGGGGGAGCUGCAGACUCACAGAUGGAACAGCAGCUCUGGUACCUUCAUUUACCUGUAUCCCUGGUCCAGGGGCAACUUCAGUAACAGGGAGUUGGUGGAUCUGGAAAGGUUUUUCCAGGUACACAUCAUUGGAGUUCAGGAAUUUUUCAUGGAUCACUUGAUGUCUGAAUAUCCCUUUGUUCUACAGCUGGCAACAGACUGUGAACUGUACUCUGGGAAGGGCUUCCUAGGCUUUGUGUGGGUAGCUAUCCAAGGACAUGAUUUCCUGAGCUUCCAGAAUAAAACAUGGUCACCAUCUCCAGAGGGUGGAAGAAAGGCCAAGAAAGCCUGUGAAAUACUCAAUCUGAACCAAGCCUACACAAAUAGGAUACAUUGGCUCCUCAGUGACACCUGCCCACGUUUAAUCUUGGAUCUUCUAGAUGGAGGGAAAGCUCUUCUCCAGCGACAAGUGAAGCCCAGUGCCUGGCUGUCUAGUGGUCCCAGUCCUGGGCCUGGCCAUCUGCUGCUGGUGUGCCAUGUGUCUGGCUUCUACCCAAAGCCCGUGUGGGUGAUGUGGAUGUGAGGUGAGCAGGAGCAGCUGGGCACUCAGCAAGGUGACAUCCUGCCCAAUGCUGAUGGGACGUGGCAUCUCCAAGCAACCCUGGAUGUGGUAGCUGGGGAGGCGGCUGGCCUGGCCUGCAGGGUGAAGCACAGCAGCCUAGGGGGGCAGGACCUCGUCCUCUACUGGGGGGCACCUCCUAGUGCCCUGGGCUGGAUCCUCUUUGCUGUGAUAGUGGCCCUGGCUCUUCUGACAGGUCUUGGAUAUUGGUUUAGGAAACACUGGUGGGGCACAGCCUGGAUAGGGGUUGUGGGUUUGGGCAUUGGCAAGUGUAGUGAACUUCGCAUACACAUUUGA